AUGAACUACCACUCCACGCCAGCAUUCCCAACAGUAUUAAAUAUUAAGUUAGCAAGUUAUACCUUACUGCUACCACUGAAAACCAGUAUAUACAAGGACUUAUAUGAUGCUGUUAUCGCCUUUAUUAGUGUUUUCAUUGUGGGUGCUAUCAUUCUGGUAGUGGUGGUGAUGGAGCUGCACCGACUCGCGAAAGCAGAACCAAACCGGCGUGGUGCGGCGGUCGAGCCUCCCAAGGAAGAACAAAAUGCUCUCAGCUACAUGCAGCCGGAGAUUCUGCCCAUACAAAUCAUGAUUGAUGUGCUUAAAGAGCGAGGAAUGAAAGCAGCUUCACUCCAGGGAACAGAUAGAGGUCACAUAAUAAGCCUCUUCCACAAACAUGUUUGCCCUAAACAUCGACGGGACUACCGAGAUAAUAGGAGGGGGAAGAUCAUGAUUGCACAGAGAAGUAAAAGAGAAAAAGGCUCUGUUGAUGAAAAUUGGAAAAAGAUGGUCAUGGAUUCCAAAGAAAGAUCACUGUCAUCAUCAAAUGCCUCUGACUAUGCCAGUGCUGAACGCCUCAAGCCUCCUCCAUCGUGCAUUAACACAGAAAGAAAGACUAUUAAGUUAGGUGGUUUCAACAAGACUUCUGCAUCGAAUAUGGACUUUAUUGUGGUUAAGAGAAGAAGUUCAGAGGAUAGUGACCAAGGACCUGAAAAAUUGAGAAAAAUGUCAGGAGAAAGAGACUCAGAGCAGAAUAAAAGAAAAGAUAAUGAGGACCAUGAAAAUUCCAAGAAGAUGAGAAAAGAUACAGAGGAUGAGAAUGAUAAGACCUCACAGGAGAAUGGGAAGAAAAUGAAACAUGACAGAAAGCCCAUCACCUGGCCGUGAUUUUGUCAUUGGUAAUUAUUAUCUUAGAAUGCAUAGAUAUAAGGCAGCAAGUAGGAAAUGGAAAUGACUGACAAGAGAAAAUGUUUAGCCAGCUCUUUAGUAUGGUGAAGGAAAUAAAUGCUGAUAACACAAUAUAUAGAGUGGAAUAUAGUGUCUGCCUCUGUUGAGAAGUGCUUCGGGGAGUAAUUUCAGUGAUUGUAUAUAUACACCAAAGCUUAGAGGAAUAUUCUUUUCUGCUUGAACUUGUAUAAGUAAGAAACUCGUGCAUAGAAAUGUUUCUCUAAUAGCCUAAAUGCAAAUGUUUGUAUAGUAUGUCCAUGAUACUCUUUGAAUAUAGAACCCUACUUACAGACUAGUGGUGGAAAAUAUUCUUGGGUUCUUUAUAGUAUACCUGUAAUGCUACUACUCUUUAUUUUAUUUUUUAAGAAUUUAUUUAGAUAUGAAUUACACAGCACUAAUGGCUUAUAUACAUGAACUAAUGUCUAACUUGUUGAUUUUUGUCUUUUUGCUAUUGGACAACAGGGAUAAUAGAAUUAACUGUUCACCUUUUCCUACAACUCACUCAUUUGAUAAGUAGAAUAACGGCUUUGGAAUGUUUUAAAAUUCUUUGUUAUUUCAAUUCACUUGUCUUUUUUCUUACAACCAAUAGUCUCUGGGAAUAUUUAUCUAUUUUUGUUAUAUACGAGGCAGUUUACCAAAGACAGAUAGUGCUGUGAGGGGACACCUUUACCCCUUAAAAAGUGCAUAUCUUACAGUCUGAUGUAGAUGUGGCUAAGUUUUAUACCAAACAGUUGCAUCUGUCUACUUAACUCAGUAUAUGCACAAAUAUUUGUAUUUUGGGAAUCUACAGAUUAAAAUCUACAUUAUGAGAUUUAUUAGUAUUUAUUAGUAAAUUCAGUGUGCCCUGCAUCCUCAUGAAGGAUUAUCAAAAUGUAGUUUGCACAUCCUCUAGGGGUUAAAGGAACUAUUAACUACUAAAAUGCCUGAAUAUAGUUAUAACUUUUUUUUUGGAUCAUGUAAUGAUAUAAUCUAAACCACCUUAGAUUAUUGUAUGUACCUAAUUGUAUGUUUAAACAUACAAUAAGGUGACCUGAUCAUUGGCAUACAAACAUGUAUUGAGGGCACUGUCAUCCUGAAAUAUGUUUUUGAUAAAAUUGAGAAUUGAGAGUUAUAGUCCCCUUAAGAGGAUAUCAGAAAGCAUUAGAGACAUAAUUAACAUUUUAGCUACAUAGGUUUUGAUUUACAUGUCACUUAUUUGUAUUAAAAUUGCUUAUUUAUUAUGCUUCACAGAGCAUAUCGCUGAAACAUAUGUAAGGUAGAAAUUUGAAGUCCAGUAAACUUAUGGGAAAAGGUCUUUAUUUGAAUAAGCCUAAUUUCAGCUCACAAUUGGCAUUAUGCAACUUGUGUGAUGAUCCACAGUUUCCAAUACAUUUUGUCAAUAAUCAGAUAACAAGAAGAGACAAAUGAAAUGUAGUAUCAAAAGAUUAUUGGUAUUUUGGAAGGUUUAUUGAGCUCUAACCACAAACACACUUUCUAUCCUGAUGUUUAAACAUACAAGUAGGUGACCUGAUCAUUGGCAUACAGACAUGUAUUGAGGGCACUGUCGUCCUGAAAUAUGUUUUUGAUAAAAUGAUUACAAAUUUACACUUCAAGUAGAUGAUUAUGUGACCUGUAGUUCUUGUAGCAGCUACCAGUUGCCAUUGGUACAUCAGGGGAAUGUGAGUACAUUUUUUAAUAGUAGAAGUGUAGACAAGAAAGUGCAUCUGCUUAGAACAUUUUUAUAAGUGCCCAGACUUGGCAGAAAAAUAUGUUUCUUGACUAAAGGCAAGCUAGCAGUCUGAAACAUUAGAGAAUGAUUGUAAAGAUGAUAAUAAUGAUAAGGAUGAUGAUAAUAAAAAAUCUGUAUCUAUUGUGAAAAUAUAUUGCUGUGAUGACAGGGCCUGAAUUUUUUUUUAUGUAAUAUUCCACAACAGUCUAGACUUUCUGGCUAGGCCAAAAACAGUAAAGCUUGCCCAACCAUUGCAAGUCAUGAUGCGUAUAUUCAUCAUAGGCCGUUAUGUCAGGACAGCUAUAGAUGUACCCAUUACUGAAGGGUUAAAACUGCUUAAACUAUGCAUUUGCAUAUUGCAUUAUGUAAAUCCACAUUUAUGCAAGCCCUAGCUAUGACCCUCACCCUCGUUUCAGUGCUAUCACCAGGACUAGCUAAUAAGUGUGCUACAUUAUAUUACACUACACUAACAACAAUGGAGAUGACUACAAAGCAUAGAUACAUGAAAAUUGUCUUCCAUUUUUUGUUUUUUUAACUAUUCAAAAAGUAGUAUGUACCAUUACCACAAAAAGUGCUCUAGGAUUUCAUUCACAUGAUCUGUUAAUGCCUGUUAAUGGACUUUUUGCUUGUGUCCAUAGGCACACCAGAGAAGUACUCAUGCUAGGGCUUAAGACAAUUCACUAGAAGUGACUGGUAAUGUAAUGGAGUCAUGUAUGGAUCCUAAGGAACUACUUGAAUUUUGCAGCUAGUAAUUAUUGUCAAUUGUCAUGUUAUUCUUCCAUCCAAAAAAUAUGCAUCAUUUUUGUUAUACUGAACAUGGUCUUGUCGAAGACCUACUAAUACCUAAUGAUAAUAAUGACUGGACCUCAUGUAGAUAACAGUACAAGAGUGCCCACAGACAUAGUAUGGACAAAGCCCAGAGAACAUUGAUCAUUUGUGUGAUGGGGCUUAAAUUUAUAAAUGGUACACUUUAUAUUGCUGGUACUGCUAUUAGCACGAGCAUUAGUUUUGAUCUUACAUUUACUGACGUUGUGGCUCACCUUUGCAUAAAAUUAUAUACAUUAAAAUUUGUGGAAAGGUUUUGUCACAGUACCUAGCAUAAAGAAAUAGACAGUAUUUUGAAUGAUGGAAAUUUGCUGGUGAUAUUUGUGUACUUAGAUAAAGAUGAUGCUCAUCAUCCCCUUUUCUGAAAGAAAAAUAAAGAAAAAAGGAUACAGGAAUCUUUAUAAGCAAUUUCUAAAUACAAGCAAGGUAAAUGUAGGUAUCAAGUAACUGGAAAAGAGAGUUGCGUCAAUUAUAUUUUCUUUUUCUUUUUUUUUAUAGAAAGGGAAAUGUUCCCUCUUGUUGAUUAAUUUAUGGAUGGCCAGCUUUACCCCUUUGGUGGAGGAUUUUUUUCUUUUAUUUCUUGAUUUUGUGAUUGUGCUUGGUUAUUUUUCAGUUACACAAGUCUUUGAUGUUAUUUUUUAUUGAGAGUCCUCUGCACACUGUAAAGAAAAUCAGUAGGUUUUCUGUAUAUUUUUAUCAUGUGUGCUUAUUGUAUGGCUUAUUAGUUUUCCUGUUGAUCUGGAACUUUUGCAUUCUCUGGGACAUGCUGGGAUUUACGAUGUGAAAUAUGUACAUUUUAGUCUAUUGAACAAAUAUUUGAGAUAUGAUAUUUAAUCAUUUGGAGUGAUUUAGAGGAUCUGUGAUUUUAUAAGUGUUCAUGUAUUUUGCAAGGGGAGAAAAAUUGCCAGCUAAAAAUUUAAUGUAAAAUUUUGACAUAUUUUGGUCAAAAUAGUGGGCAUUUUCUACCUUCAUAGCUUAUUCAGUAUUUUUUGAACAAGCUUGAUAUUGACUAUGUUUUGUUUAUCAGAGAUGACAAAAAAAUGAAGCCACUGGAUGGCAUAUUCCUUGUUCACUGCUAUUUUCAUUUAUUAAGUUUAUUUACAAAUAGAUGGCUCCACCAAGGUCAAAGUUACUAGGCCUGUCUGAUUUCAUGUUACCCUAUUUCAUGUAUUUCUGGAAAAAAAGUUUGUAUUUUGUUACACUUUAUAUUGAUAAUGAUGCAAUGGUAAUAAUAAUGUCAACAAUUAUAAUAUUAAUGGCAAUAAUAUCUGUAUUUUAUUUUUUCUUACCUAAAAAACAAACAAAAACAAUGGAAAUAGGUGAGGUCAGGUUGCCAUCCAUAUGUAACCAAAUGACAAGAGGACUAUAGUGGAGAGUUCAAUGACGAAGCGUUAAGGCUUUAGAAAAUUGUAAAAGGAAAUUGAAUGGAAAACAAAGUGCUUUGAACAAAAAGUAAAAUCAGGAUUUUUUUUUUUUUUUUUUUUUUU